AGAUCUUGUGGGAUUCAGUAUAAUAUAAUGAUAAAAAAACAAUUCCCAUCUCUUAAGUACUUCUCCACUUUCAAAUGACUUAUUCAGACCUUGUUUUAUUCAUUAUAUGCUAAACCCAAUUUUCCCCUCCCAGUGGUAUUUACACACUGAACAUUUUUGCCAUCUUUCUGCCAAUAAUUUACUGGACGAUUCAACUCAAACAAAUACAAAAUCAACACAAACUGCUGUAAACACCAUGACGUGAAAUAGAUGCUAAUCAGCAUAAAGCUUGAGCUGUGUUUCUAAGGAGAGAUUGCAAAGCAGGAUUUACAUCUGCCGUUAUGUGCGUAUACUCCCAUGAAUACCUGGGUGCAUCCAUGUUUAAUCUUCAUGUGCACAUGAAUCCAUCUAACACUUGCUUCUUCUGGGUCACAGUUGGAGUUGUGAUCUCUGUUGUGGUGAAAAAUGGUUCUAAUUCUUGUAUUUCCCAUGUACUUUCCUUGCUCAUCGUCUUCUUACAGGUGUUCUUACAGCAGAUCAUCCGCUUCCGCUGCACUGCACUGAACUUGCUCAUAUGUAUCCCAAAUCUUGGGAACGGGAUUUGCUAGCUGUUUUUAAACACUGUGGCAUUAACUAAAACUUUCACCAUCUGGGGGCAGCAUUUCACCAGGGACUGUGUGAGGUAUUUUAUUUUUAAUUGUUUUGUUUUUUAUUUAUUUAACACUUAUUACUUUCAAGCUCCACCCCCAUUUCUUCAAAAGAAUUUCCUUCCCCAUACCACCCACGAUGUGUUGUUAGUUGACUUGCUACAGUAUCUUGUGGUAGAAAGUGGUACUACAUGAAAGUGUGGCUCGGCCCUGUUGUAACUUUAAUGUGUAUAUCUUCAACCAAAUACACUGAUGUUUGGACAUGAGUGGUUAUUUCAGAGUAGUUUAAAAUAAUUAUCUUUAAGGUCCUUUUUUCUGCUUAUUAAUAAUAAUGGCUGUUCAAAAGAAGAAUAACAUGCAAUAACAUAUUUCACGAUGGGCAAUAUCGCCUCAAAAUGAGAUAAAGAAAAUUUGCAGUACUGAAAUUUCAUGAUGUAGAAAAAAGGAAAAAGCUGAAUGUUUUAUUGAUGCUCGGAGUUCGCAGGCAGCAGCGUUUAUGAGUAAAUAAAGGGCAUUUUCUGUCCUUCUUUUCCAAUACUUUUCUGUCACUGGUGACAGUAACUCAUUUAAAGUGGGAUUUAUAUUGAUACAAGGAGCCAGCACCAGCAGCAAUAUUGUGCAACAUUAGUGACAUCGCAUUAUAUCCAGUGACACAACAUAAGUCGGUGUACGCACAAAAAGUGCCUAGGUAGUGUUUACUUUUAAGCAACAGUACAAUGAUCCUACUACUAUUAAACAGUUUAACACUAACUUAACCCUUUAACUCUUCAGGAGCCGGCACAACAUUGUCACAUAAUAAAACAGAAACGUAUUUUCCACCUGGGAUGUUUUCCCUUGAGUUAAGCAUUUAACCAGCUUCUUAAAGCCCUGCUUUUCCACCGUGUUACUUCAUCAGUAAUUUCCACCCACUGUUUGCUCUUCCAGUCAUAUGGAAUCGAGCUUGUGAGUGCUCCAGUAAUGCUCAGUGAUGUGCAUCUUUUGGGUUGGGUUGCUAGCUGCUAGUAUCUCCUCCCUCGUAGCCUGGGUGUACUGAAUGGUGUGUUUUUGGCUCAAGUGGGGAAACAAGUUUGUUGUUUUCACCUUUAGCAGGAACAGCUUUCUUGUGUAUUGUUGGAGGUUGUUAAAGUAGCUCCCUUUUUAAACAAUAGCAGUUUAGAUACUAUAUCGUCAUUGCAUGCUGACAUAUGGCUCUCGCUCUCAGACAUGCUUGUGCUUGCUUUAUUGUUGCAUAAACUACAGAAGUAAAUGCAACGUGGCUCAGUCAAACAGGGCUCUUUUGAGGUUGAAAUGUCCAGCCUCAAUCUACCACGCUUAAAGCCAUCUGCGCCAGAGAAACAGUAUCAUGACUGGUCAUGCCCUUUGUCCCUAACUUCCAAACAAGCUGGGAUUUGCUAAAAAAAAAUGCUGCUGAGAAAGGCUGAUUCUUCUUACAGAUUUUCACCAGCUCAUUAAAUGGCCAGUAUCACCAGCUGUUUUCACUCCUGAUAAGCAUGUGGGAGUGUUUCUGCUUUGAAAUGGCAUUAGUCUCCAUUAGGAAGUAUAUUCAGUUCAACCUUCAACUGAGCAUAUGAUGCAGCACUAAUGAGCAGCCAUCAGCCUUUAGAUGAGUGACUCACAACAAAAACACCUGAACAUCAAUAGUCUACAGUAACAGUGGAAUAUUGGCAGAUAUUCAGGAGGGACCACAGAGACGCACAGUUUCCACUAUGAACCGCGCCUUCAACAGGAAAAAAGAUAAAUCAUGGAUGCACACCCCAGAAGCUUUGGCCAAGCAUUACAUAGCCUACAAUGCCAAGUUCCUUGGAAACACAGAGGUUGAAGCUCCGAAAGGCACAGAAGUUGUAAAGGAUGCAGUCAGAAAGCUCAAGUUUCAGAGGCACAUCAAAAAGUCGGAGGGACAGAAGAUCCCGAAAGUGGAACUUCAGAUCUCCAUUUAUGGCGUGAAGAUACUAGAUCCCAAGACAAAAGAUGUGCAGCAUAACUGUCAGUUACACAGAAUAUCCUUCUGCGCAGAUGACAAAACCGAUAAAAGGAUAUUUACUUUUAUCUGCAAAGACUCAGAGUCCAACAAACACCUCUGCUACGUCUUUGACAGUGAAAAAUGUGCAGAAGAGAUAACUUUAACUAUCGGCCAAGCCUUUGAUUUGGCCUACAAGAAGUUCUUGGAGUCUGGAGGCAAAGACGUGGAAACCAGGAAACAGAUUGGAACCCUGCAGAAACGAAUUCAAGAACUGGAAACGGAAAACUCUGAGCUAAAGAAACAACUGCAAGAGCUUGAAGAACAGCUGAUGAUAGCACACGUACCUUCACCGCUGCACAUAAACGCAGCUAAUGAAGCGUACAUGCUGCAGAGGCCGUCCUCUCUCUUCUGGUGCCACAGCAUCAAGUCGCUCUCCUGUCUGGAAAUCUCCUCUGUCACUCUCACUCCUAUGAGCUCACCGGAGUCCAACUUGUCCACCGGGCUACUAACUCCUCCGCCUGCCAAACCCGCUCUCCUCCCUCCUAAACCCAACGAGGGCUGCAGCAUCCCGCGGCCUCGCGCGGGGAGUAUCUCAAUGAAGCCGCAGUCGACAGACAUUUUUGACAUGGUUCCCUUCUCCCCUGUGACACCACUGGUGCCCACACCAGCCAGCAACGGCUGCCCACCCCCUCCACCCACCACAUUGCCACCAGAUAUAAGUAAAGAUUUGUUUGGUGCAGAGCCAUUUGAUCCGUUCACCUGCGGGGCAGCUGAUUUCCCUCCAGACAUCCAGUCAAAGCUGGAUGAGAUGCAGGAGGGGUUCAAAAUGGGACUAACCUUAGAGGGCACCGUCUUCUCUCUGGACCCGCUAGACAGUCGCUGCUGAUGUUGAGAAGAUGAACCCUUCGAGGUGCACUUUCAACCCGUUUGUAUGAAGAAGUGCCAAAAUCCACUCCACGGUUGAGUCAAGAUGUCACAGUUUUCAUCUUGAGGUUUAUAUGCAUUUGCAUUUAGAUUGGUUUUCGAUAUUUCAAGGUAAACUCAGAUCCAUUAAAGUAAAGAGCUAUUUUUGUAAUAAAAAAAAGACAAAAAAUGCAUAUGGAGGUGUUAGUUUUGAGUACCUUUGCUUGCACAGGAGGAGACAGUUGUAAAUAGUCGAUAUGUUCAAUGGUACACUCUGUGGCAGAAUUUUCAUAUGUGUGUAUGCACCGUUUGAAUUCUGUAUUGUCAACACAUUCCUGUUUGUAUGCCAAACACAAGCUGGCAAGAAAAAUAAAUGGAAUCUAUAUUGUGACAAAACCUUUGAGCUUUUAACAUCACAUAUUUUACUCCACAUUAAUUCAUACGUUAUGUAGUCGAUUAAUCCAGCCUGAUAUUUUCUUUUGUUUUUUUACUUCAGUGACCUUUCCGCUCUUUGUCCUUUGUUCUGUUCAGAUUUUGACCAGAUUGAGUUGCCAUUUCGGUGUUUACCUUUCAUUUUCUGCUCUUUUAUCUCUGUCCAGCCAGUUCUAUUCCUGUUAUUUCACUUUUGGUUGAAUUGACUUUGCUGUUACAGAUAUUAAAGAAAAUCCUACUAUGAAAACUGCUCCUCACUCAUUCUUCUGUGUUAUAUAAUUUAUAUCUGACUUUAUUUGUAUGUGGCAUUUGUUUAUGAAACAUUUUCUUCAAGUGGCAGAAUGAUUAUAAUGCUGUAAGCUCGGCUAAUGCACAAUGACGCCCUUGAAUUUUUCCGAGUGCCAUCACGACAUUUUGUGUGCGAUUGCCAUCAGCUUACAAAAGGGAAACAUGAAAAAAAAAUGGAAGUCCUCUUAGCAGAGUCCAGGAAGUACAGAGUCCAUAUGUUUACAUGCCACUGCUCUUUAUUCUGCAAUAUCAAAGCCUGUUUUAGCCAAUAUGCCUUUGUGACUUUUAAGUACAUAUAAUGAGCUUUUAAGAGUUAAGAUUUAGGUCUGUAACAGCGGUAUUGUACAUGCUAGCUGCAGUUAGCGUGGUUCGCUUUCUGCAGGGUGUGUAAUACUGCUGGACUAAUGCAACUAAAUAUAUUGACGUUUUCUCAGGAUAGUAAGUUAACAUUGAUAGCAUCUCCUCCUCCAUAGAACCAAGCUCAUUAAUGCUGCUCAGUGAAAGCUUUAACUGAUGCAGAAGUUGGGGGUUGUUGUGGAACUGUGCUUAGCUUGCAGGUGUCUCUUCACAUUUGCAGUAGCGGUCUUAAAAGCUGAUGUAACUUAAUCACAUUGAUUACAUGUUGUUCUCGUCUUUUUUAAUACAGAAUGUGUCAUUUUGCUAGUUAAAGUGCAAAUGCACACUAACAGCAAGGAUUUGAUCCCUGUUUUUCUCUCUUGCUGAAGUCACAGCGGUCACAGACUGUGGCAUUACAAAAAUGAUUUUGACCGUGUGCAAUGAACUUACACUCUCAAUGCCUUUGAUAUGGUUGCUUCAAAGACUGGUAUCAGGUCUGUGACCACCUGCAGUUAGUUGUCAGAGAUAAGACUGGUAAUGCCUUCUGUAUGCUGUCAAUUUGCUAUUGAAUAUGGCAAUUUCAUCCAAUCUGCUUGGGAUAGUAUGGCAAUUAAUUAUGAUAAAUUGUGAAAUCCACAAAUUGCCAUCUGCAUACACAGAGAUUCACAUUAAUUACUUCUAUUAAGAGUCCAGCCAGAAACCUGAAUGGGUAGAUUUUAAACAGAAGUUCCUCCACAAAUAGUGGUGUAGUUGCUGCAGAACAGCAUGUUAAUUGCAAAAAUGACAGAGGUAUUUUUGCAACCUUGCCUUUAAUCACCUUGCUUUUGCCCAAUGAUCAGACCCAACAAAUAUACCCCCCCCCCCAUAAAAUUAUGAAUUAUCUUGCAUAAUUGGGCUGUUGAGUUUCUUUACUCAUUUCAGUUAUUACCAACAAAAUAAUUGCAUGUCUAAUCAUCUGGGAAUUACCCAGAUGAUUUUAUUUAUUUAGACAGAGAUCCCCUCCCCCUAUGUUCAGCACAAAGUUACGCCGAUAGUUGCCUCGCACCAAGACACCUGUGCAAUCGCCUUGCAAUCAUGAGUGGUCACCCAAAAGGUUGACAUUGCACAAUGAAUGAACCUCUGGGCAAGUAGCUGAUCACUCCAACUACUUGAAAUCCAUCAUAAAUACAAAAACACUCAAUGCAAACACCGAACAACCCAGUAUCUCUCCUACUUUUACUCUAGUGUGACUGAGUUUUAACCAAAGAAAUAUACCACAAAUAAAGAAACUUAGUCACUUGAAUUUAGCAAUAAAUGUGUUGUGUUACUUUCUAACACUUUACUCUAAACACCUUUUAUGUUCAUCAUAUGUUUUCACCAUAAAAUGCUUUCUGUAUACAAAGUUAUCUAUUUGUGCCCAGGUAACCUUUUUACUUUAUUUGCCAACCUGUCAUGUUCCACUAAUCGGAGUCCUUUGCUCCCAUUAGUAAUAUCUCUACCUUGGGAAUGGCUACUUUUGUGUUCAGUCUUUAGCUGCCAUAUCACUGCUACCUUCUGUGAAUGUCCCAUGAGCUAUAACUAUGACAUGAGGUGCAAUAGCUCAGAUUAGGUCCAGUGUCUAAACAGAUUUUCCUCAUAUUUAAGAUUCACCUUAACAGCCGGGGUGCUUAAGCACAUCACCACAGGCAGGGAGAGAGUGAUUCACUCAGUUGUUGUCCUAAUUCUUCAGUUGCUACAGUUGUGCUGUAAAAAAAAAAAAAAUCACAUCUGAUUUUCUCUUUUUCUUUUCUCUUAAAACAAAGUUUCAGGUCUCUUGGGGCUGCUAUCAUAGACAAUUUAUAAAGAUCCAAAAUGAAGUCUACUCAAACAAGAACAGGCAGAGAGAAGUAUUUUCAAUAUUUAUUUUCAAAGGAAGAAACGCAUCUGCUUCCAGUGUGGAACCCCCCCUCUUCAUCCUCUUCCUCCUCCUUCUCCUCCUCCUCUCUGCCUUGGGGGUGUUUGCAGGCAGCCAUGCCUUGCAUAAUUCUAACAAAUCUAUAAUAAAUAUACUCAAAUUCGAACCAAAUGGUCACAAGAGAAUUACUUAAAAGCACAGUCAAAAAAAAAAGGAAAGAUGUAAAACAAACUGUUCACAUUGAAAACUUUGUGUAAAAAGUAAAUUAAACUAAAUAUGAAUUUAGGUGCAAAACUGGCCAACGCAAAGAGCCUAACUAUACCUGAAUCAAUAUGACAAGAGCUUAGGGGGAUUAACAAGCAUUUAGUUUAAUUUGUUGCAUAGCAAAAAAAUAAAAAUUAAAAAUACAAAGCAAACAGGCACACUCAGCUGUCUUAUUCUAUAAAACUGAGUAUUAAAAAAAAGGAUUUCAAGAGCAUAUAUGUCCAGGAUACUUCAAAGGGGGAGCUGACAUGCAUAAAAAUCGAAUAUUCUGUGCUACCUUUUAACUGUACCAUAUGUAUAAUUGAAGGGGGGGGGGGAAGAAUUACAAAUCACCACACAUCACUCACAUGACACCUCAUUCAUCUCCCCAUUGUUGACAGAGAGAUCUUUAUUGGCAUCCCCAAACCCUGCCCUGUACCGCGCAGCUGGGAGAAGAUCACAAAGGUCACACUACUUACAAAACAGCACCUGUGUGAAACAAAAGAUUUACAUGCAGUGUCAUGGUGUUCUCAGUUCCGGUGACGAGGUAGCUAACACUGAGUGACUGACAGUCUUCAUGCGUCUUUAAUGUUCUACAUGGUUGGUACAGAGUUUUGAGUAACUAGAUACAGACAUCGGUUCAUCAGAACUUUCAUGAGAAAAUACCUGCGCCAGCGAACGCAUAAGCGGCUGUAUUUGUUUCCUCAAUAGCACCACAAAGAUGUUUUAUAUUCAGACAAUGAAGUAAAAAAACAAAGAAAACAGAAGUCUCUAAAAAAAAAUUAGUAGUGGUGGGACAUACGUCGUAGUUUCAGUGGAAACGUUCUGGGCUUACGAACAGCAGUCAUAAUAACAGUUUAAAGCUUCUAUGUUCUUUGGUGAAAUUAAAGGGUAAGAUCUUUGGACCUCGAAAAUGCACAAAGCUUGAAGUCAAACAUACACAAGACGACAGAGGAAUGAUUCUGAUUUUUUUUUUUUUUUUUUUUUUUUAAAACCAAUUUUU